AUGACUAUCACUAUUAAAGAAUUGACCAACCAUUCAUACAUCGAUCACGAACUGAGUGCAACGUUGGAUUCUACUGAAGCGUUUGAAGGGCCAGAGAAAUUAUUGGAAAUUUGGUUUUACCCAGAUCCUUGUGCAAUCCCAGAUAAAACAAAAACAUUAAGAUCGAUCCCUGUUCAAAUAUGGACCGAUAUCUUAAAGCUGGUUAAAUGUGAGGUGUUAUCCACGAAGUCUACGAAAUGCAUGGAUGCAUUUCUAUUAAGCGAAUCCUCCUUAUUUGUUUACGAUCAUAAAAUAACUAUGAAGACUUGUGGUACUACCACCACUUUAUUCUGUUUAGAAGAAGUCUUCAAACAAGUAGAAUCUUUGUUAAAUUGGAAAUGUAAUAUAGAUAAUGAUAAAUUUAGUCCAUAUAAAGUUUUUUACUCAAGACGUUCAUUUAUGUUCCCAUCAAAACAACGUUCUAUUCAUCGAAAUUGGAAUGAUGAAGUGGACUAUUUAAAUAAAUUCUUCACAAAUGGGAAAAGUUAUACAGUGGGGAGAAGUGAUCAAGGAACUCAUUGGAAUCUAUAUGUAACUGACACAAACAAGAGUUCUUUAGUAAACGAUGAUACCGAAUGUCAUGAAACUAAUAACUACGAAUAUGACAAUGAUGAGACCGUAGAGAUUCUAAUGACUGGUUUGAACCAUAAAUGUGCGGAUCAAUUUGUCUGUAACAGAGAAGUCAAAUCCGCUACAUCUUCCAUUGAUGAAAAGGAUAAUGAUGCAGACGAUGAGGGCCAUCUGUUGGGUUACAACAUGACUAAAAAGACAGGACUGGAUAAAAUAUACCAUGAAUCAAAAAAUUCUUGUUUCCAUCAUGAUGCGUUUGCAUUUUCUCCAUGUGGUUACUCUUCAAAUAUGAUCAUUGACGAGAAGUACUAUUAUACUUUACAUGUCACUCCUGAAAAGGGUUGGUCAUAUGCAUCUUUCGAAAGUAAUGUCCCAGUCAAUGCAGUCUCGGAUAAUAAACAGGAUAACGUCGAUGUUAUGCAAAAGAUUCUGAAGGUGUUCCAACCAACUGAAUUCUGUUUGACAUUUUUCUGUAAGGAUAUUCAAAACUCAAGAUCUUUCCAAAGAUUAAUUAGUGAUAUUGAUAUUGGACCAAAAUAUACAAAAAUAGACAAGAUAAUUUAUGAUUUAGAUGAUUAUCAAUUGUUGUAUCUUAGAUUUGAAAUGAAAAAUUCCGAAAAUAUAUGA